GGGCGAUGUCAGAUGACUAUAGGAAAAACUAUUUAAAACUCAAAUAAGACACUUGAUGCGAGCUCAAACGUUUCCUUGGUAUCCUACAGCUUCCAAGAGUACAGACACCGCCAGUUCAAGAUUUUCUCAUUGAAACAGGAUCUAAGCGUAUAACACCCCAUUUCAACAGUGAAAGUUCCCCAUAGGCUACAAUACAAAACAGUGGGUUUAUACAUUGUUUUGGGACAGAAAUGAAAAAUACUAUAUUUUCAUUGUGGAUGAUCUUUCAUUGUGCAGUCGGGGUCUUUGCGUCGAGUCUAAAAGAGAUCGCAGUCCAGAAAGAUGGGGGAGAUGGUGUAUUAAUUGAUGACGAGGCUCUCCAUGAUCGGAUCAAGUACAACAUGCGGAAGAGUCUGGACCUGGAGCAGGAGGGCUGCCACUUGCAGCCCGGGAACACGGAGGGUCUGCAGGAGUGUGGCUUCAACACCACAGCCAAGACCAUCCUUAUCAUCCACGGCUGGACGAUGAGUGGCAUGUUCGAGAGCUGGAUGCACAAGCUGGUUUCCGCAGUGAUGCUGCGAGAGAGCGAAGCGAACGUGGUGAUCGUGGAUUGGCUGAGCCUGGCUCACCAGCUGUACCCUGACGCUGUGAACCACACCCACCGCGUGGGCCUCAGCAUCGCCACCAUGCUCAACUGGCUCCAGGAGGAGCAGAGCCUUGCCCUGGAGGACGUGCACCUGAUUGGCUACAGCCUGGGAGCUCAUGUUGCGGGCUACGCUGGAACAUUCGUACACGGGACUGUUGGCAGGAUCACAGGUCUGGACCCGGCAGGACCCAUGUUCGAGGGGGUGGACGAGCACCGACGCCUGUCCCCAGGAGACGCUGACUUUGUGGACGUCCUCCACACCUACACCCGGGAGGCUCUGGGGGUCAGCAUCGGCAUCCAGCAGCCCAUCGGGGACGUGGACAUCUACCCCAACGGAGGAGACGUGCAGCCGGGCUGCGGACUCAGCGAUGUGCUCAGCAUGGCAGGAAACUUCAUGGAGGUGAUGAAGUGUGAACACGAGAGGGCUGUCCACCUGUUCGUGGACUCCCUGAUGAACAAGGAGCACAUGAGCUUUGCCUACCAGUGCACCGGCCCCGAGCGCUUCAAGAAGGGUGUCUGUCUGAGCUGCCGCAAGAACCGCUGCAACAACAUCGGCUACAACACCAAGAAGAUGCGCAAGAGACGCAACAGCAAGAUGUACCUGAAGACUCGCGCCGUCACACCGUUCGGAGGCUACCACUACCAGAUGAAGAUGCACGUCUUCAACAGGAAGGGCGAAGAUGCAGACCCCACCUUCCACGUCAAGCUGUACGGAGCCCACAACGACACCAACAACCUCUCAGUCGACAUGCCUGAAAAGGUGGGCCUGAACCUGACCAACACCUUCCUGGUGUUCACCGAGGAGGACAUUGGCGACCUGCUGAAGAUCCGUCUAAGCUGGGAAGGGGCCAGCGAGUCCUUCAGCUCAAUGUUUAAGAGCCUGAAGAAGAGCUUCUGGAGCUGGAACAGUAGCCCCGUCAACCCUGUGCUGGAGGUGCGCAGGAUCAGAGUCAAGUGUGGAGAAACGCAGAGGAAGUUUACUUUCUGUGCCCAAGAACCGUCCAAAACGGAAAUCUCCCCAGGAGAGGGCCUCACCUAUGUGAAGUGUCGUGACGGCUGGGAGGUCAAACCCAGGAAGAGGCUGCUAUCAUGAGAACUCACAAGGGCAACUAACCACGGGACCCGGGAAGCGACGGCUUCGGUUCACCUGAGCACUUUGAAGAGAGAAGGGGGAGAAGCACUCCGAGAGAGGUUGUGGACGCUUCAGAAUGCACCAAGAAGAUUUCACUGGCUAUAUGACUCUGGGCUGUGUCCAGUGAGAGAUGUGGAGACUGCAUGCAGGCUUUCUGUCGAAGGGCUGGAGGAGUUCUGGAAGAGGAUGCACAGGUCGUCUCCUCAGUGUGGAUUUGUUUAGACUAGGUCUAGAGAGUUAGCGGGUGAAACUGUCAGUACACAUGCCCAGCCAACGGUAUAUUUACUGUGUAUUAUUUACUUUGUAUUUUUUUAUUUAUGAAUGAAAAGCACUGCAAGACCAAGCUUAUUUAUCUAUCUGAAGCACACCCACUGCUGAAGUACAUGUUUGGAUGCGUUUUCUCUGUGUGUGUGUGUGUGUCUGUGUGUGUGUGUGUCUGUGCAUAUUUGUACCUAACAGACGUGCCUUUCAGCUGUGUGAGAUUGGAAAACACUAUUACUGAAAGAGAUUGUGCGCACAGAACUCAAUCUUUCACUGUGGAUGUGAUGUGCAAACAGUGUUAUUGCUGAUGACUGUCGCAGUGUUAUUUUUGUGGGUGUGUUCUGUACAUAAUGUAAAUAACCUUUGGAAAAUGAAUAAAAUAAACUU